AUUUGUCGUGUAUGGAAGCCCUUUACCACAGUCUUGCUAAGAAAACCCUCGAGCUAAGUAUUGCCAAGUUUUGUUUUCUGUAUUUGUUUUCUUUGGUUGUUUGACUCCUUUUGUUCCUAACGUUUUUGGUUAGAGCUUUGAUUUUCAGUUUAGGAUUUUUUAUAGCCUGUUGUUUUCCUCCGUGUGGAGCGCCUUUUGUUGUACCUUUUGAUAUUUAGAGUAGAUAAUUUUUUUAUAGCUUUUGUGAUGACCUCUUCGGAGUAGUUUUUGUUCUCUAAAUUAAGUUUAUAGCUUGAUAUUGAAGAAUAGUGUAGAUUCCUCCUUCGGGAGCGCCUUUCGUUUUAUGUGUUAUUUGUCUUGUUUGUCUUGUCUGUCUUCAUAGCAUUUUUCAUAGCCCUUGCUUUGUCAUUCAGUCUAAAGAAAUUCAAAUCAGUAAAAUAAAACCUGUCAUUACAUCAUCAUUCUGCAUCUGAGUCCUCUCUCCUUGUCUGAGCCUGACAGACUGUCACAAUCCAUGGACGGUGCUCCUGAUAAGAGGAAGAAAUAAGGUUGUUUGGGAAGAGUCAUCACACAAGAGAGGGCAGAGAACAUGAGAAGACAGCUCUGCACAAAGCAAGCAUGAUCUGCUGGAAGAGCUUUCAAGCAACAAAUGUCCAAGGCGGCAUUGUAGAGCAACGGAUGACUGCCAACAUUGGUGAAAUCACUGAGAGGAGUGAGUACCUGCGCCGCAUAGUAACUGUUACAGCCUUAUUGGGGGAGCAGGGACUACCACUCUGUGGUCACCGUGAAGAGGAGGAGAGCCUCAACCAGGGUAAUUUCCUGGAGACUAUAAAGGUACUCAAACAAUUCAACCCCUUUCUCCAAACCUACACUGCACCAUCAAAUGCAACAUACUUGUCCUCAGAGUCACAAAAUGAGCUCAUUACCUGUAGCUCAAAAGUCAUCACAAACAAGAUUGUCAAAGAGAUGACAGAAGCCAAAGUCUAUUCAGUGAUGGCAGAUGAGGCCAGGGAUGGCCUGUGUGAACAACUGGCAGUGUGUGUGCAUUAUGUUGCUCCCGAUGGAGAGGUGAAGGAGCGAUUCCUGGCUUUGAAAAAGCUUGACCAUUUUGAUGCCAAGCCGAUUACUGAUGCCAUAGAGGAGGUCAUUGUUUCCAACGGCCUGCAUGGUCUUACAUGCUUGGCUCAAGCAUAUGACGGUGCCUCAGUCGUGAGAGGGGCGAAGGGUGCAGUACAAGCACGCUUUCGAGAAAAACACCCCCAAGCUAUAUAUGUGCAUUGCUAUGCGCACGAGUUGAAACUCGUACUGUGUCACACGUGCAAAGCAAUUCCAGAAGCCACAGAGUUCUUUGAACUUUUGGAGAGCAUGUACUCUUUCUUCCACUUAUCUCUUGUCCAUCAUGACAAGUUUGCUGAUGUCCAGAAGCACUUGGGGUUGGACAACAGUGACCUCAUUCAGUCAUCAAAGACCCGGUGGGCAUGUCAGCUGCAAUCUGUGAAGGCCAUGCUCAACAACUUCCCUGCUGUGAAGCAGUCAUUGGAGAGCAUUCAUACAGCGGUAGCUGUAGGACUACGGUCCAAGCUAUGCAAAUUCACCACAGUCUACAUGCUUGCUAUGCUUAAGCACCUGCUCAGCAUCAGAGGGACUACACAAGUAUCUGCAGAGGGAAAUUGUGGACCUUGCACAAGCACUACAGUACAAAACAGCUGUCUAUGACUCCCUCAAAGACUUGCGCACAACUCAGAGUGCAGAGGAGAUCUAUAUGAAUGCAAAAGUCAUCUGUGAAGCACAUGGCAUCCCAGAGCUUAUUGUUGGUCAGAGACAGAAACAAAAGAGGAUGGAGGAGUAUGUCAUGGAGUCAUCAUGUGGAAUGCGGAGCACCUCAGAUAUGAGUACACCAGAGAAUCUCAAACAGAGUUUGUUCUUUCCCUGCCUAGAUCGUAUGACACAAGAACUUGAGGAUCGAUUCUCAGGUGUAGAAGCAGAACUAGUGAUGGGCAUACAGGCGUGCCACCCAGCCUCAGAGGCCUUCUUGUCUGAAGAGUCCCUCACACCCCUUGCCACACACUACGGAAUCUAGCUUCAACCAGAGGAGCUCCUGGUAGUGAAAAGGUACUUGGCAAAUAAACUAGCACAAGCCACUCCUGAUAUUCUCACUGUCUUUAAGAUCCUGGAUGCUGAUAUGUUUCCAACCCUAAAAUCAGUCUUCCAAGUGGCACUGACUGUCCCUGUAAGUAGUUGCAGCUGUGAAAUAUCUUUCAGUGCUCUCUGCCGGCUGCGCACAUGGUUAAGACGGACUAUGGGCCAGGACAGGAUCCAUCAUCUGGCACAGAAUGCACAGUCUGAUGCUCCCAAAAACUUAAGAGAAUGACUGACAGAUGUGGAGAAAGAGGAGAAACUGACUGACAGACAAGGACAUGAAUACUAGACAGUACGGAAGACAAGACCAUGGAAGACCAGAAGAACCAGAGAGAGACCAGCGGCUGCAGCUGGAUAGUAUUACUGUGCGUUCAGACCAAAAGCGACAUCUGGUCGCUCACAUCGCGUCACUGCAGUCGCCUGUUGUGUGGCAGCGACUGCAAUGACUGAAGCGACCAAAGUGACCAAAGCGACCGAAGGGGCGGGUCUUUCAAGCAGCAGGCAUAGGCCUAUAUAAUAAUCCAUCUAUAACAUCAGUUCCCUCUUUCACCAUGGAUCGCACUUUGGGCAGCCUUCUUUGUGUUGCACCGGCAUAUUUGCGAUGAAAAUGCAGGGCCCGUUGCCGUCGGUUCAUCUGGGUCCAUAAAGUACCGAGAACCCGGCAUCUCCACAGAGAAUUUCACAGGCUGAUUCAGGAGCUCCGCUUUGAUGAUGCUUGGUUCCAGCAUUAUUUCCGUCUGGAUAAAAGCCAGUUCGAUGAGGUUGGUCCACGAACUAUUGCCGAGCUAUUGGUUCCCGUGAGCGCAA